AUGGCCUCAUCUGAAGCAACUGGCAGACAAGAUUCCACCACCACUGGACUGCGAACAAGUGACUACGGCGACGCAAUAGGAACCAGUCACAGAAUCAUAGUGCGACAAGUGACACCCGCCGUGCAGCCAUCGGUUGAGCUGAAGAAAGAAGUACACUUUGUCUGCAAAACUCGAGUCAAAGAGAUCAACCCAAUAGACAUAAUCAAGGUCCUUGAAUCCGACUUCACAGAUCACGCUACAGAUGAUAACCUAGUUUCUCAGGAAGAUAUUCUCUUCUUGCUUAAAGUGAAAGAAGGUAUAAGGCAGAAAGAAGACAGCCAUUAUGAGCUCCCGCUUCCUUUCAAGACGGACAAACCUAGUCUUCCAGACAAUAAGCAAUGUGCAGUCCAUAGGCUCACCUCAUUAGAGCAACGACUGAGGAGAAAUAAGCAGUACUAUGAGGAUUAUGUUCAUUUCAUGAAUGACAUAAUGACCCGAGGAGAUGCUGAGAAGGUUCCACCGCCUGAUCUCAAUGACCAACCAGCAUGGUUAAUUCCACACCACGGAGUUUACCCCCACAAACCAGGCAAGAUUUGUGUGGUUUUCGACUGUUCCGCAUGCUACCAAGAAACUUCCCUAAAUGAUCACCUCUUGACCGGGCCAGACUUGACUAACACAUUAGUUGGGGUGUUAUGUCAAUUUAGAAAGGGUCCAGUUGCCAUAAUGUGUGACGUUGAGAAGAUGUUCCACCAGUUUCACGUUGCAAAGAAACAUCAAGACUACCUAAGGUUUCUCUGGUGGGACAAAGGUGAUCUGGACUCCAAUCCGUUGGUGUACCGAAUGAGGGUGCACCUGUUUGGGGCAGCUUCAUCCCCUGGCUGCUCCAACUUUGGACUUAAACGUCUGGCAUCGCAGGAUCAUGGAAGAUUUAGCGAAGAGUCUAUCAAGUUCAUCCAGAGAAGUUUUUAUGUCGACGAUGGCUUAAUAAGUGUAUGGACACCGGCUGAAGCCAUACAUCUGGUGGAAGAGUCAAGAAACUUGUGCAGAACUGGAAACCUCAGACUACACAAGUUUGUUUCAAACAACAAAGAAGUGAUUGAUGCAAUACCACUUGCAGAACGUGCCCAAGCCAAGGAUCUGGACAUGGCCCUAGAAGAUCCUCACAUCGAGCGAGCACUUGGAGUUCAGUGGUGUGUCAAAGCUGAUGAAUUCCAAUUCAGGGUCAUAGUCAAGGAAAAUCCACUGACAAGGAGAGGGGUUCUCUCUACUGUCGCUUCAGUCUAUGAUCCGCUGGGGUUUGUGGCUCCUUUCAUACUAGUCGGCAAACAGAUCCUCCAGCCGUUAUGUAAAGACAAAGUAGGCUGGGACGAGGAUCUCCCAGAGCACAUUCUGCCACAAUGGGAGUCAUGGCUCAAGGAUUUGCCUCACCUCGCAGCCCUAAAGAUUCCAAGAAGCUACCUUCCAUCAAGCUUUGGCAAGGUUGGGCAAUAUGAACUUCACAACUUCUCUGAUGCAAGUCUCAUUGGAUAUGGUGCAUGCUCAUAUCUUCGAGCUAUAAGUGAAAUAGGACAGAUUAGUUGCUCACUUGUCAUAGGGAAAGCAAGAGUAGCCCCUACCAAACAAAUGACUAUCCCAAGACUUGAAUUGUCAUCAGCUGUGACUUCAGUCCGAAAUGGUGACUUUCUCAAAGGGGAGCUUGAGAUUGAAAACCUGCAGAAGUGUUACUGGACAGACUCAAAGGUGAUCCUCGGCUAUGUGAACAAUGACGCCAAGAGGUUUCACACCUUUGUAGCAAACCGGAUCCAACGCAUAAAAUCAAGCACAAAUCCUGAACAAUGGCGACAUGUCAGUUCCGAAAAUAACCCAGCCGACUGCGCCUCAAGAGGACUGACUGCAGUUCAGCUGAAAGAGUCUAACUGGUUGAAAGGACCCAACUUUCUUUGGCAGCCGAGUCUUCCACCUGAAGAGCAAAUGGUGGGAGAAGUAGAAGUGACCGACCCUGAGCUUCGCAAAACCCACGUCCACACAGUCAGGACGACGGAAGUACAUUCAAUGGUAAACCACUUCAUUAAGUUUUCAGACUGGUCCAGAGCAGUGAGAGCUGUCGCCAAGCUCCAGAGGUUUGUCAGGGAAUUCAAGGGACUUCAAUCAAGAACGAAUGAAGCAACCAGUCUUGAAGAAAGAAGAGAAGCAGACAUUUUCAUUAUCAAGCUGGUGCAGGAAGAAGCCUUCGCCGAAGACAUCUACAGACUCAAAUCUCAGAAAGUACCUACCCUGAGCAAGUGCAACAAGUUGCACCAGUUAAAUCCUUGCUUGGACAAAAGAAAUGUCCUCAGGGUGGGAGGACGGCUAUCCCAAUCUGCCUUGCAUCAUGACAUAAAACAUCCCGCAAUACUUCCGAAAAAAUCUCAUGUGUCAGGCCUGCUCGUCAAAUAUCAUCAUGAGCGUGUUCAUCACCAAGGAAGAGGCAUGACUAUGAACGAGUUGCGUGCGAACGGAAUAUGGAUCUUGGGAUGUGGAAAUGUCUCCUCACACAUUUACAAGUGCGUACAAUGUAGGAGAUACAGAAGAACUACAGAAGUUCAACAAAUGGCGGAUCUUCCAGAAGAGAGAACAGAGUCAUCCCCUCCCUUUACCUUCUGUGGUAUUGACUGUUUCGGCCCUUUCAUCGUGAAGGAAGGAAGAAAGGAAUUAAAACGAUAUGGAUUGUUGUUUACCUGUUUAUGUUCUAGAGCAGUGCAUAUCGAGACGCUGGAUGACUUGACCACAGACGCCUUCAAAAAUGCACUUCGAACAGUCGUAGCUAUCAGAGGUUCUGGACGCCAAUUGAGAUGCGAUCAGGGAACACAUUUCGUGGGUGCUAAGAGAGUGUUUUCUGAGUUGCUCAAGGGAAUGGAUCAAGAACGUCAACGAGCAAUCGGUUGCGAGUUUGUAAUGAAUGUCCCAUCAGCAAGUCAUAUGGGUGGAGUGUGGGAGCGCCAAAUUCGAACAAUUCGGAGUAUUCUGACUACCAUGCUUGACAAGUCCGCAAGCAGACUUGACACCACAACUCUGAGGACAUUCCUUUACGAAACAAUGGCUAUAAUCAACAGCAGGCCACUGAGUGUUGAACAUCUUAACGAUCCUACUGGUCCAGAACCUCUCACUCCCAACCACAUACUAACCAUGAAAUCAUCGAGAAUAUUGCCCCCGCCUGGGCAGUUCUGCAAAGAAGACCUAUAUUUAUGUAAAAGGUGGAAAAGAGUGCAGUUUCUAGCCAAUGAAUUCUGGCGAAGAUGGAAAAAGGAAUAUCUGCUAAACCUACAACAAUGCCAGAAAUGGCAAAGAACAUCACGAAACUCACAAGUAGAUGACAUUGUGAUUCUACAAGAUGACAGCUCACCAAGAAAUGAGUGGAAGCUUGCCAGGGUUAUAGAAGCUCAUCCCAGUGCAGACGGCAUGGUGCGAAAACUGAAGCUACUACUCACUGAAACAACAUUUGAUAAGGGAAAACCACACACUAGAUCAGUUAAUCUUGAAAGGCCUAUCCACAAGGUAGUCACCUUACUAGAGGCUAACUAAAGUCACAUACAUAAGGUAACAUCUAU